AUGGUGGAGGACGCUGGUAAUCCUUCCAUGGCCUACAAAAUCCUUCGCCAUUUCGUGAGUAAAGGACAAGACAAGGUCCAACUGCACCUUAACAUUGCAAGCGAAGACAACCCUGCGACAAACCCACUGAAGGAGGAAGCAGGAUUACCAGCAUCCUAUACCGUGGAGACGAAGCGCAACACUAACUGCCGUCAACCUAUGACAGAAUCCACACGAGUGGCCAGGAAGCGAACGAGGAAAAUUGAUAAACCCUCGGCCGCCACGUAUUGCCACCACUUCAAAUUACUGUUCGAUAAUGACAGUUUAAGCUUUGAUAAAUGGCAGCUGGCCCAGUUCUCGGAAACGUCAGCUAACACAGCAAAUCAUUUCGAUGAGCACUUACAUGAUAUCUGA